AUUUCCUUCGAUUCAUUUGGGAAAGCGAGAGGUCGUCGGAACGAAGGGCAGGGAACAACGAUGACGGAGGCGGUGGUGCGGAACAAGCCGGGGAUGGCGUCGGUAAAGGAGAUGCCGUUGCUGCAGGACGGACCGCCACCGGGGGGCUUCCCGCCUGUGAGGUUUGCCCGUCGGAUCCCGACCACGGGCCCAAGCGCGGUAGCCAUCUUUCUCACGGCCUUCGGUGCUUUCGCUUGGGGCAUGUACCAGGUCGGCAAGGGAAACAAGAUCCGACGGGAGCUCAAGGAAGAGAAAUAUGCUGCUCGCAGCGCAAUAGUUCCCAUGCUUCAAGCCGAAGAAGAUGAAAGAUUUGUCAAGGAAUGGAAAAAGUACCUGGAGGAGGAGGCCAGGAUCAUGAAAGAUGUCCCCGGCUGGAAAGUCGGUGAGAAUGUUUACAACUCAGGGAAAUGGAUGCCCCCAGCAACUGGUGAGCUCCGACCUGAGGUCUGGUGAAAGAGCAUUCUGUGCAACUGGUUCUGGUUCUUGUAUUAUGUCAGUUUUUCAUCACUGAAGCAUCACCUGGACCUCUCAAGA